GCGGCCCAAACGCUCGCUCUGCCCGCAUUCUUCCUAGCAUGCGUGUCCCCCGAAAGCUUCAUUUCCGUAAUUCGCGUAAUUCGUCUCCCAAAGCGAGGGAAUCGUGCGCGUUUCGCGGACCUUCUGACGUCGGCAGCGUAAACACCUAUGAGAAUAGCAGCCGUGCAUUCCGGUUGGAUGAACGGACCGACCUUUGGAUUUCGGCAAGUAAUAAGCGGAAGUCGCUCGCGCUUGCCUUUUCCGCUGGCUUUGGGGAUUCGCCGUCGCCUGCCGUUACAGCAUGGCCACCUCAAGCAGCUUCCGUCUUCUCUUUCGAGCCGCGCCGUCUUCUUGCUGGCGGCUCCUGGAGGCUCCUUUCCGGGUCAGCAGUAGCUGGAAUAACGUAGCCCGCCUUGGCUCUUGCCGGUCCUUCCACGCGGCGACGGGGCUCAGCUCGGAAGAAAAAGUUACAGUGCAUUUUAUAAAUCGUGAUGGUGAUAAAUUAACAGCCAAAGGAAAGGUUGGAGAUUCACUUCUAGAUGUUGUGAUAGAUAAUAAUCUAGACAUAGAUGGAUUUGGUGCAUGUGAAGGAACACUUGCUUGCUCUACAUGUCACUUAAUCUUUGAAGACCACGUAUUUGAAAAAUUAGAUGCAAUUACAGAUGAAGAACUCGAUAUGCUGGACCUUGCCUAUGGCUUGACAGAAAGAUCACGUUUGGGCUGUCAAAUUUGCUUGAAGAACUAUAUGAACAAUAUGACUGUCCGAGUGCCCGAAGCUGUUGCUGAUGCCCGACAGUGUGUUGAUAUGAGCAAGAACCCAUAAAAUAAUGCUGUAGGGUGUGUUUCAUGAUAUUAAAAAUAUUUUACUACUUA